CGAGUCACUUUGUAGCAGCCGGGAGAAAAGCACCGAGAAAAAGUCCAAACAAAGCGGGCGAAACGUGCUGAUGCUUGGAUUCGGCGUCAGCGGCGUUUGCGCUGACUGGUUAAAGUUCUCUUAACCGGCCUUUUUUUUUUUUUUUUUUUUUCUACCAAAAAAAAAAAAAAAAGAGGGCUUUUCCCCUCAAAGUUACGCCGUAGCGGAGUCGUCUCGGUCAGGAUGUCGGACUGAGACAAAGAGGUCUGCGGGCAUCGCCGUCGCAGCGGAGGUACAACUCGAUUCUGGAAGUCUUCUCUGGAUGGGAAAAAAUGGAAAGGGAGUUGCAAUGGUGGAAAGGACAGCUAGCUGCAGACAUCCAUCAAUCCCUCCGCAUCAAGGAGUUAAAGUUACCAGUCUACCGAGCACAUUCGCCGCAGAUUGGCAUGCGUCGCUACUUUGCAGACUUGUUGGCCAUCCUGAGCAAUCGCUACCAGCUAUGUCCCACGGCACGCCACCUCGCCGUCUACCUACUCGACCUCUUCAUGGACCACUACGAUGUAGCCAUUAAGCAGCUCUAUGUCAUCGCCCUGUCCUGUCUGCUAUUAGCAAGUAAAUUUGAAGAGAAGGAGGACCGAGUACCCAAACUGGAACAACUGAAUUCACUGGGCUUUAUGCGUAAUUUCAACUUGGUUCUCAACAAGAAGGAUCUGAUAAAAAUGGAGCUGCUGCUGCUAGAGACCUUUGGCUGGAAUCUCUGUAUGCCCACACCUGCCCACUUCAUCGACUACUACCUCAAUGCCUCGGUGCAGGAGGGCGACUUGUACAACGGCUGGCCCUUGUCCUCAAUCUCUAAGACCAAGGCUUUCAUGGACAAAUACACUCACUACUUUCUGGAAGUUUCACUGCAAGAUCACACUUUCCUAAGUUUCCGACCAUCCCAAGUUGCUGCUGCUUGUGUGGCAGCGUCGCGUAUUUGCCUACAGAUUUCCCCAAGCUGGACUACUGCCCUGCAUCUACUGACCGGCUACACCUGGGACCACCUCACUCAGUGCAUUGAACUCAUGUUGAUUGCUCACGACAACGACGUCAAAGAGGCCAACAAAGCAAAGUCCACUCCUCCGCACCGAGCUUCCUCUCUGCAGCCUCAGACCCAGAUCUCUCACCUGUCCCCGGCGUCGGCCAUACAGAGACCGGCUUCUUCGUCCUCCUCCACCUCCACCACCCCGCAGCUGCUCUUUCAGCCGGAACGCUUCCCACACCUCAGCCAACAUUCCUCCUCGCUGUCCCAGCUGCAAGCGCUCGCCGACUCCCAGGCUCUGGGGCCCGUGGUGAACGUGCCUCAGGACUUUCUUCAAAGCCACCGGAUGGGUCUCCUCACCGGGGCCUCUUGCGUGGCGGCCGGGGGCGGAUUCCCCUCCUACCCGAGUCUGACCGCCGGCCUGCAGCCGGGGGCCCGCGCUCUACCGCUCCCGGGCCCCAUAUCGGUUCAGAUGGCCCUCGCCGGGGAAGCGCGCCACUGCCUGAGCGUGGCCUACACGGGGGGUUACCUGGGGGCCCAUCACACGUUCGCGGCGGGCUGCUUCGACAGGUGACGCCAGGAGACGGAGAGGGAGCGGCCACACGGGCGCACCGCAGCGCUCCCGCCCUUGCUUCCUCUUGCGGAUCUCUCCUCCCUCUCCGUCGGCACGGCAACGCCCUCAGCAUGUCCAGCCCUCUCACAAAGACGCCUCAAACGCAAGCAGAGGUCCAAAGGCAAGAGGGAGCCAGUGGAAGUCAUCACUCUGACAUGACACUGUGAGACGAUCCUGAUAUCACUGUGAGACGAUCCUGAUAUCACUGUGAACGCGAGGCAACACUGGUGCACAAAACACAGCAAAUCUGUGAAAAGGAUAUUUUGCUGCUUUGAUAUAUUUUUCUACUAAUUCUACCAAAAUAACCGCAGGCAAAAAAAAACCCUGGCCGUCGUUCUGCCAUGUUGAGGAAAUGUGCGCCUCUGAAUGUCAGCAAACAUUGAUUUAACGCGUGUUGUCGGCGUCAGGCCCCCCGGGGGGCCCUCUGGGAAUUCCUCACCGCAUUAGUCCUGGGAGGGGUGGAAGAAUCCCUUGUUUUGGUGCACAGCUUAGCUUUUUUUUUUACCCUCUCUGUGCCUUCAAGAAUCUUCCGUCUCCAAAGCCGAGCCAUGUGGCGCGCGAGGAGAAGCCCGUUUUAGCGCGUCUCCGGGCGCCACUCAAAGAAUCGACGUGACCGGACCAGCGUGGGGGGAAGGAGCCGCGCGGGUGUGUUGUACAUAUGAAAUGCUGCUGUCCGUGUUACUGAUGUUUACAUGAACCACUUAACGUAUCAGGGACUUGACCAAAAUUACUUGAAUAUUACAUUGGAACUUGCCAUAGCUUUUUAUUUAUAAUUUUUUUUUUUUUUUUUUUGAUAUAGUGUAUCCUUUUAUACUGACCUGAAAAAAACAAAACCCAACACCAUUGAAGAGUAAUUAUUGAAUGCUUUUCAUACUGGCUCAGGUUAAAAGCUUAGCAAAAUUGUGCUACUUUGCUUUCAUCCUUUGGGUCCAAAAAGUCUUCCUUUUUCCCCCCUAAUGGACCAUAUUUUCUUGUUUCAGUCAGUGUUAAAAAAACAAAAACUGUGCACGCCACGCAAACAUCUGCGUCCAGUCGUCCGUAAUUGCUUUCCUCCUUUCUAAAGCUUCCAAUUUUCUACUUCCUGUUCGGGGUUUAAACACAUCCAGACUCCUUUUAGGGCCUGCCUGCUGGUUACCAUGGCAAUACCUCAAGACGGCCCCUCAUCCAUUAGUUGUUUCCGACUAAUUGUGGGUGUCUUCUCUGAUGUGAUGGUGGUCAUUUGUCACUUGAAACCCACCCGUUAUUACUUUGAAGGUUCCGACUAGUUUUGUUGGGACUAGUACACACACACACACACACACACACACACACACACACACACACACACACACUAGUCUAGACAUAUUUCACCCACGUUUAUGUACAAUGCGUUUUAUUUCAGCGUGCUUUUACUUUAAGCUUUUUUUUUGGUAAAAGAUUUUUGUUCCUCUUUGCCUCACGACUGAACUUCUUACUGAGAGGUCAAAGGUGCAAUACGUUGUUUCUCUUUGUGAACUGAGCACUGCCAUCACUGUCGGGUGAACGCCACUGCGCCGCCAAGUUGCUGUUGCAUGAACACAAUGACUAUGUUGCAUAUUGCAGCCACCACCUCCAGAGUGAGAGAUGCUACUGGGAAGCCGUUUGUCUUCUUUAAGAUUAGCCUGUUACUGUGCUCCUGUUUGCAUUCUGUGACUGCUGCUGAUUUGACUGGCACCAAACAUCACUGA